UUCCUCGUGAUUUUUUUCUAGGGUUUUUAGCUGGGAGCGAUGCUUGCUAAAAGCAUAGUGCCGAUCGAUGGAUGGAAGGCUGCGCUGGCGCCAAUGUGUAUGCAUUUCAGUCGCCAAGCGAAAUCUUCAAGCGAUGGCGCAGCAUUGGCAUACACAACAAUCUCGUCCAGGGUUUCUUCGCAGUGCGAGAUCAAACGAAGUAAGUUCAUCGCCACAGCAGCUCCAGUGGACGACGAACAAGGCGCAUUGGCAAUUCUCUCCGAGGUCUCGGAUCCACGCGCAACUCACAAUUGCUGGGCUUACAAGCUUAGAUCAAAGAACGCUAUCGUUUUAGCGAUGAUGGAGAGCCUGGAGGAACGGCAGGACGGCCAAUCUAUGCUGCCAUAGAAAAUUCUGGUGUGGAUGGAGUUAUGGUCGUUGU